GAGUGAUUUGAGGCAUUGUUUUGGUCUAUGUUUUGGCAAACGCUUUGAAUUUUGUGAUCACUUCUCUCGAGACAAUCGCCGAAGACGUGACAUAUCUGGGAAGCAGUCAUGCCGUACGCCAAUCAGCCAUCGGUGACCAUUCCUGACGCCGGUAUCACUGAUGAGAGCAUCAAAUUCAGUGUCGAAGACACGGAUCUGUCGGUCGCCAACGCUAUACGGCGUGUAUUCAUCGCCGAAGUGCCGACUCUGGCCAUAGAUUGGGUCCAAUUGGAGGCGAACUCAUCGGUUCUUCACGACGAGUUCAUCGCUCAUCGCUUGGGUUUAAUACCAUUGACUUGCGAUGAAGUGGUGGACAGAAUGCAGUACUCGAGAGACUGCACGUGCGUUGACUUCUGUCCCGACUGUUCCGUUGAGUUCACUCUUGACGUGAAGUGUACGACAGAAGAGACCAAAUCCGUGACCAGCGCUGACCUCAAGUCGUCGGACGCGCGAGUGGUUCCCGUCUCGUCCAGACAUCACGACAACGACGAGGACUACGACGAGGCGGAUGUGGACAACGAGAUACUGAUUGUGAAGUUACGGCGCGGACAGGAGCUCAAGAUCAAGGCCUACGCCAAGAAAGGGUUCGGCAAAGAGCACGCGAAGUGGAACCCGACGUGUGGAGUGGCCUUCGAGUACGAUCCGGACAACGCUUUCCGACACACGGUUUACCCCAAACCGGAGGAAUGGCCGCGAAGUGAGUACUCGGAGUUCACGGACGAAGACACCCAAUUCGAGGCCGACUAUAUACGGGACGGAAAGCCCAAUAAGUUCUUCUUCACAGUGGAGUCGUCCGGAUGUAUGAAACCGGCGAAUAUAGUCAUGUCUGGUCUCAAUCAACUCAAGAAGAAGUUGAGUGAUUUGCAGACUCAGGUCACCCAUGAGAUGCAGAACGACGCCCUCGCCAUCAACUGAUCCAUACAUUACAUACACUAUUAAUCAAUCGAUUUCUCGCUGUAUUUAAUUGUUUGUCCCAUAAUUUGUCGAACAUUUUUAGUUAAAUAACAAAAUUAUGUUUUCGUUUAUCCCAUAAAUUUAAGGUCUGUCUCGAAAAAUACCUUAUUUUAAAAGUGAACUAAAAUUACAAAUAAAAACUGCAUUAAUUUUGUAAAUAAUCAAA